AUGGCAUCUACUUCGCCUACACCUAGCGGAGAAUCAGCCAUUCACCAUGAUUCUGCUGUCAACUUUUUCACGACUACUGAUGGCACGAGAUACGCUUAUGAUUAUAAACCAGCCCAAGAAUCAAGGCCCACUUUCCUCUUUCUUCACGGAUAUCCUUCCUCUCGCAAGGACUGGGAACGCCAAAUCACCACCGUGACUGCGGCAGGCUUCGGGGCUAUUGCUCCUGACAUGCUGGGUUUUGGCUCCUCUGACCUACCGACAGCUCCCGAGGAUUAUAAAGGCAAGCGAUUGGCUAGCCACAUCGCUGAGCUCCUUGACUCCAAAGGCCUGGCAAAGGUGAUUGGCGUGGGCCAUGAUUGGGGCUCUGCAGUACUUUCGCGGGUGGCAAUGUACCACCAAGAUAGGUUCCAGAAGCUGGUGUUUCUAAACGUGGGCUACCAGUCUGCGGGCUUCUUUGACAUUGAUGCUAUUAAUGCCUUGGGCUUGGCUCAGUGGGGGUACAUGCCUUUCGGAUACUGGUACUUCUUCGAUCGCUAUGAUGCUGGCUCAGUCAUCAGGAAUCAUCUGGAUUCUUUCUUCAACCUCAUCUUCCCCGAGAAUUACGAAACUUGGAAAACCUCAUUUGUUCCAGUUGGUGCCGCACGCGCUUGGCUCAAUGCCGAUACUCGAACUGGGGACGCGCCUUUCGUGACGGAAACCUUCAAGGCGAAUUGGAAGGCAUUCUUGAGCCGUCCAGGCGCUACUGAGUCUGGUCUGAACUGCUACAGAUCACAGCUUCGGGGUGUGAAUGCGGCCGACGAUGACAAGCUCACCGUUGAGGAUCAGCAGCUGCACGUGCCUGUCUUGGCCAUUUUAGGAGCCUUGGAUCCCAUUGCUCGGCCCGAGUUGAUGAUCCAGUUGACCAAACCCUGGGCAUUGGGCGGAUUCGAGAGCAAAAUACUCGACGGCGGACACUGGCUGGCUCAUGAGUUGCCUGAACAACUCCGUUGCACCGGGAGCCGGGCAUGCUGUGACAAGUGUAAAGCCCACGGCGUUCUGUGUAUCAUCCCGCCGGCCCCUCGGACCAAGAGAGCUGCUGCUCGUACCGUGGCAAGGGAGAGACGGGUGGCGGAGGAGCAUGCUGUAUCAAUUACGGAAUCAGUGGGCUUGAACCUCUCAGACAGCUUGCAAUCUCUCCCGACACCAGACAAGGACACCUCUCCUCCGGCACCUACGUUACAAGGUACUGCGUUCCACUUGAAUUCUAAGCAAGAUGAUUGGGGCAUCGAUAUUGGAGCCUUCGGCAAGGAUUUAGUUACAAUCGACUCUCAUGACUUCAUGGGAUUCAACAACCCAAAGACUUAUGACUUGGUACCGCAGGAUGUUCCAGAAUGGUCAAACCCACCACCACCACUAGGUGGCGUCUGUCCGUGUCUAAACGAUUUGGUUGGGAUCGUGCAAAAGCUCGACGACGACGAGUACAAGCUCCGCACUCUUGCCUUCGAUCAGGUUCUCAAGCUCCAGAAAUUCCUGCUCUUUCACUGCCUCGCGCCACUCGACUGCAAAAGCUGCAACAGUCUAGCAAAAGCCCACACGGUGGUGCUCAUCAUAUGCGAGAGGGUAACGGAGAUGUUCCUCUGCCUGGGACGACGGGUCGCAAACACCCGCCCUCACCUCGUGGAAGGAGACAAGCUCGAAGCGAACCCAUGCUAUCCGAUCGACACAGUUAACGGUCCAGCAUUCUUCUCAUUCAAGAAGAAGAUGAUGGUCCCGGACAGCCCUGGCAACUCAUCACACACACUGGAGGGUGAAGUAGGCCGGGACGGCGUGGUCGUCGUGUGCAACCCGGAGAUGUUCUCGCCCGACUUUCGGGAGCAGUACUCGACCGAGGAGCAGUUCCACAUGAUCCGGGUCCUUGCGAAGAUACAGAUGAAGAACUUCAAUCAGCUGCUGAUGCGGAUUGGAAAGAUGCCGCAGUCGACGCGCAGCGAGGCCAGGAUGGAUAAGAUUCACGCAUUGACUAACCGGCUUGAGGAGGCUACUGCGGUCAUGGAGGAGGGGUUUGAUGCAAUAAUGGAGUCGAUGGAUGCGUUGUAA